CAGCCUCAACAUUGACAAAUACAGCGACAACAGUUACACCUUCAGUAUCUAUGUCAAUUUCAUCCAUAACUACACCAGCAUCAAUGAUAGCGUCACCAAAUUCAUCAGCUGGACCACCAAUAACCUCAAGUUCAGAGCAAAAAUUGCCCCUCACUUCAUCUUUGUCCUCGACAACUCCAACCACUUCACCAUCAUCCAAAGAUUUAGCAUUGGCUUCACCGUUAAUCAGCAAAAUGGCUUCUCAUUUUGAUCACUCGUUGUGGCGUCCAUCGUUAGGAAUGUCACCGUCUUUACCAAAUUUUCGAUAUCCAUUGAUGUCUCCUUUAGUUUUUGAAAGGUUUCCCCAUCUACUUUCAGCAUACCAUCCAAUGCUAAUCUCGCAACAAUUGGCUGCCUAUUCAUCAGCUAAUUUCAAAGGUAUGUGUGGCUGUUGUCCUCCAACGGAUUCUAUCAAUGGCUCCAAUUUGGGUUCAACCAUUGGAUCAAUGUCUUCACCAACUAGUCCAACUGACACACUUAGCUCAACAAUAGCCGAUAAUAAAGUCAAAUACCGUCUAGAAGUAUCACCAGGAUCAGGUCAACCUUCUUUGACUCCACCAAUUCCAGCAGCGCAAACAGGUGCAUCAAAUCAGCCAAGUUCAACGCCAACAUCUUCAUCAAUAACACCAGUGGCAAUCAUUAAUCCAUCAACUUCAUCCUCAACAACACCAACAAUCACAGCUUUCAGCAGUGUUAACGAACUACGACGCAAAGCCAAGGAACACUGCGACACAUUGUUAGCUUCAAGGGGUAGUUGAUCAUAGAAUAUGCAAACAUUUCUUUCUGUCCCUUUAAUUUGUGAACCAUUUGAAUAAUCAGCAUAAUUGUAAUUAUCUAUUGAACAUCGAGAUAUACUGUAAUCUUCGAUCAUUGUUUUCUUUCUCUAGUCUUUACAUGUUAAUCUAAAAGAAAAAAAAGGUCAAAAUUUCUGUAACUUAAAAAAACAUUUUGUUUACCGUUCAUGGAAAUAUUGUCAAUAUCAAAAUACUUUCAAUGCAAUCCAAAUGUAGACGAUUAGGAAAGGCAGCUUUGUAAUAAAACAUGCAAAGAACAAAAAUACAAUCUUUCCAAUUCCAUGUAUACAAGUAAUCUAAACUCUUGGUAAAAAAGUAACAAUUAAUAGAAAUGAACUUUUGUUUUAUCGUCAGAUAAAAGUCCUAUUUUCUAGUCACCUUCCAAUGUAUUGGAAAAUUGCAAAAUUUCUCCCAAUUUCCUUAGUUUCUCCUUAUAGACUUGUCGAUUAAAGACGCCCAAGAAAUUGGAUUAAUAUGCGCAAAUUAUUUCCUAUUGAUGGUUCAAAUCAAUCGAUCAAACGUGUAACCUGAUAAAUACCUGAAAAAAUAUGAAAAAUAAAGUUGUUAGUCAUGUAAAUAAUUAAAA